AUGGCUAGCUCUGAUGUCGACCUUAAGCUGAUGAUGAUCACUUGCUUGGUGCUUGUGUGCAUGGUGGCCAGCGCACCCAAGAAGGCCAAAGCUCUAAAUUUCUCAGUGUGCAGCGACGUACGGAAUGUCCUACGCUCAUGCUCAGACUAUUUUAACGACGGUGGGUCUGUGCCCGCUCCCUGCUGCACUGCUGUCAAGUGGCUCUACAAUCUCCCCACCAAUUGGGGCCGCCAGAGCUUUUGCACUUGUAUACAGCAAUUUACAAUCUGGCGGCCAAAAAUUGCUAACAAUGUUCGUCAGCUUCCUAAAGAAUGCGGCCUGAUCAACCUUCCUUACGAGUUCACCCCUUCUCUGGACUGCAACAAGUAUGAAUGCCUCUGUAGUACAGUGAGGUUGAUGGAGCAGUGGUUUUCCUCUCAAGCUAGGAUCAUCUAG